AUGCGGCGGGCGCGGGCGCUGCGCCGCCGCGGAGCGCUGCUCGCCUGCCUCCUGGGGACGCUGCUGGCCCUCGCCGACGCCAAGGGUGCCUUCUACCCCCCCGCGCCCCUGCCCUACGGCGGCAGGUACAGCCUCUACACGGCCGGCUCCAGCCCGCAGCUCGGCGGCAAGCCCGUGGGCAAGCACAAGAGCUACUGUGCCUACGUGGUGCAGCGCAACGUGACGUGCACGCUGCAGGACGGGGCCGAGAGCUACGUCAAGGCUGAGUACCACAAGUGCAGCUGGGGACCCAAGUGCCCAGGGAAAGUGCUGUACCGCACCUUCUUCAGGCCCAAAUACAAGAUUGGAUACAAGACAGUGACCGAGCUGUCCUGGAGGUGCUGCCCAGGCUUCAUGGGAGAAGGGUGCCAUGACAGCCCGACAGACCAGCCUGGCCUUCUGCCCCAACAUCCCAGCCCUAAAAUGCCCCCUGGGCAAAAGAUGUUUCCAAUGCCCAGACUUCCUCCCUAUCCCAAAAGCCACCCUGACCUGUUUCCAGGACCAAAGAAGAAUCAAUAUGGUAGGAAACUGCCUGGCCUCUUUGGGGACCGCCUGGAUCGGCUGGAGGAGGAGGUGAGGCGCCUUUCCCAGUCCUACGACAGCCUGCACACCAUGGUGAGUGGGCUGGGGGACCGCCUGCGGUUGGCCAUCCAGGAGGACACCACCAAGAUGAUCGGCUCCCUGAUGAACAGCCCGGGCACGCCAGACUCAUCCGUGGGCUUCGGCAUCAUUCCCGACGGCCUGGUGGAUGUGGCAGACAAAGCCGACAUCGCCACGUACCCUCCCGUAGGGGAGAUCCUGACCAAAGUGACCGAGGUGAGCGACGUGCUGAAAACCAAGGCAGAUCUGCUGCACGAGGUCCGGGGCAUGGUCCUGGACCACGACGGGCAGAUCAAGCACCUGCUGGAAUCCGCCCGGCCCUCGCCCCUCACCUCCAUCGACCUGCUGGAGGAGUACGUGGACACGAGGCUGAGCAACCUGCGUGGAGAGCUGCUCGACGGCUUCGAGAAGAAGCUGGGCAAGAUCCAGACCACGUGUGAUUUUCGCAUCCAAGAGGUGCGGCAGCAGUGCGAGGAGGAGAAAGCUGCCAACCUGCGGCUGCAGCAGACGCUGGAUGGGAAGGAGCUGGAGAUCAAGAAAGAGAUCUCUCAGCUGGAGACCCAGAUCCAAGGGCUGACGGUGGUGGAAAGCUGCUGCAGCAACCUGGACUACCUCACCGAUCGCAUGAACAUCCUUGAGAAAGGCCUUCACAGCAUUUCCGAGUCCCAGAAGAACCUGCACUCACGCCUGGAUGGAGAAAUCUCCACUGUCACCCUAGGGAAUCUCUUUGAAGGGCGCUUUGAGGACCUGGAAGCCAGGCUCAAUGCUACAGAGGGGGAAACUGGGAGCUGCUGCUCUGGUAUAGAAGACAGCAUGAAAGGCACAGUGGUGGCAGAGGUGGAUGGCAUGAGGACUGCCUUUGAAGACAAAAUGCAGACCCUGGAGGACAGAUUCAUGACCAUCGUGGGGGAGCUGAACAAUGUCAGUUCUACCAUGGGCAUGGACGGAGCAGUGGUGCCUGUGCUGGAAGGGGAGCUUGCCAGCAUGAGGAAACGGACAGAGGAGACACUGGAGGUGUUGCAGAAUCGCCUCAUCACGCUGGAGAGCACCUGCUCCCUGGGCUGCACCUCUGCCUCCAAAGAUGUGGAGACCUUUCGGACAGAGAUCGAGGACUGCCAGAACAAGAACCAGGACCUGCUCCUCCGGAUGGACAGCAAUUACGACCUCCUGCGCAAGCUGAACGCCACCAUCCUGGAGAUCCAGCGGCGAAUCGAGGAGGAAGCAUCGGGGGCUUUGCAAGGGGAGAUCACCUUGCUAAAGAUCAACCUGAACACUGUGAGCAAGUCUCUGACAGGGCUCAAGGACUCCGUCUCCCAGUACUCAGACACCGUAACACAUGUCAACUCCUCACUAGAUGAGCACGAGCGGAAGAUUGAGGAUGAGGUCCACUCCAUCCAGGAGAAAGUCAACGACCAAGGUUCCCAGCUUUUCUUCAGCAACCGCCGUGUCCUGAACCUCAAGGGAGACCUGGAGCGACUCAAAGCCAGGAUUGUCAGCGACCUGAGCUCCUGCAAGAACGUGGCCCACGGCCUGCAGCAGGAGGUCUCUCACUUUGACGAGCGGGUGGCGCGGGUGGAGAGCGCCUGCGGCAGGCUGGGGGCCAUCACCGGCAGCCUGGACGACAUCAGGGAGGAACUGGAGAAACACACGGGCAGUCUGUGGGACUACAUGGACCACAUGAACGGGACACUGGCUGCCCACUCUCAGGAAAUAACAGGACUGAAGGACAACUUGCUUGACUGCCAAGCCAAGGUCUCUGAGCUGGCGGAACAAGUCGGGCACUUGGAGGAGAAGGCGGAGAGGAGGCAGCAUUAGCCACACUGCCAUACCAUGUGUCUUCCUUCUCCUGCUGUGAAGGACAGGAUUAAAUUAUAUCACACAGACUUGCUCCAAUGUGACAACAGUUCUUGGGACAAUUUUUUUUAUGAAAAGCUGCUACAUUUUUUUUUCCCCUAAUCUUGUUGGCCCCACUUCUCCUUAACUCCACCAUGCUGGUGCUCCCCUCCUGAUGCUCAACAACUGUCCUGACCCUGGCGCAGCAGUGUCACUCUCUCCUGGCUGGGGGUGUUGCUUUGGGUCCUGGGUUGAUGACCCAAGAAGGACAAUUCUAGAGUAAGCUGGAGGCAGAAAUGUUUUUUUUUUUUUCAUUUUAUUUUUGUGGAUUUAUCAUUUCUUGAAGAAUAAAACCCUGUAGUUAUCAGCUGAGGAAUAGUUUCUCUGACCUAAAGACCACCUGCAUCUUAAUCCAGAGACUGAGCAGAGCCAGGGCUCCUUGCAGGGAACAAAACUCACCACAGGAAUUGUAGAUUUCAAAGAACACACGUAUUCACAUGUUCCUCCGGGAACUGGCUUCCCUUCUCCGAGAUGGCAGCCCUCCUUGUGUAUGGUAAAUCCAUUUAUAAUGCUCCCUCCUCCAUGCAGAUGCACAUCCCUUAUGGAGCAUAUGAGGGUGUGCAUUAGGAAAACACAUAUGCAUAUAUAUAUAUGGUAUGUGUAUGUAUCUUUUUGAACAAUCCUGUGUCAUGGUGCCUAUCUGAUUCCAGUUUCCUAAUGCUGCCCCCAUGUCCUUUGCCAUAUUCCAAAGACCCACACUGAGCAGCCAAAAGCUGUGGCAGCAGUGUUUGGAGAGAGCCCCAUGGUUCUGGGGGCUGCUGUGCUUUACAAUCCCACUUUGCUGGGCUCUCUGGUUACACCUGGGACUGACAUGAUGGUUAUGGAAAACACGUCUUCCUUGAGGAGAGCUGUGUCCAUAGGUCUCUGCAGAGAUCAAGCUGGGCACAGAGCAGUCCUGUCCUUCAGCUCUGGCUCUCUCCUGUUUUAUCGCUUAAGCUGUGAAAUCCAUCAUCUCAUCCCAGGCAGGAGAGUUACAGCUGCUUCAGGGUGUGAGUGCAGCAGUGGAGGAGGAGGAGCCUGCGUCCUCCUCAUGCUCUUCUGAUCCCACUGGGAUGCCAGUAGCCCUGGGACCAAUACCGAUGUGGAACAAGGCAGGGCAUCUGUGAGAACACCUCUGGAGACCUGUCCUCAGCUCAGAAUGAAAAACCCACAUCAUUUACCCAGCUUGAUUUUGGUUUCCUACAAAUAGGCAGUCUGGAAAACGUUGUCUAUGUUCCUGAGCAGCUCCAGCCUUGCCCUACAGAGCUGUUGCACACAGAAUCCACCUCUCCCCAGGAGCCCACCAUGGGCACCCUCUGCUCAUCAGCCAAUGGGGACUUCAUUACUAGGAUGAAGAGGAUAUUAAAGAGCCUUCAUCCAAGCAACUCUGGCACUUUAUAGCAGAGGAACAUACUUUUCUCUCAGCAUUGUAGCUCAUGAACCCUCCCACACCAGCCAGCCUUUGGCUCUCACACAGUGCCUGUCACCCUCACCAGGCUGUCCCUGCUCUUUUGCACCAUGAUUCCCUCCUUGAUCCCCCCCUCGAUCGCAUAAAGGAGCAGCUCUGUGUUCUGACUAGCACAAACCAGCAGCAGCUCCCAGCAGAGAUGCAUCUGGGCACCUUUUCUCCCCCAGAAAAUCUGGGUGAGCUCCCUUAAACAUGCUUCCAGGCUAGGGAGGACCACAGGGAUCACUGAGCCCAGUAGCCACACCAUGUUCCCCUGAGGCAGUAAAAGCCCAGUCCCCUUCCAGAGGAGCAUGAGCUGUGGGAGCAUAAAGAGGACAAGUGGGCCUCGCAUCACUUGCCCAGCCCUGCCAGUUCACAGCACCAGAAUUCACUCACUGCUCUGGGCUUUGCUGAUUUGGAGUUACUCUCCAGCUGCUGAGUCGUUUCUCCAGCUGAGGAACAACCUCCUGCUGCCACUGGGCAUCCUGCAAAACCUGCUCUUAGACAACAAAAUUUAUUUCUUCCUCCAGCCUAAGGAAGGAGUGUCAAGCCAACCCGGAGUACUUUGUGGUGGGCCAGGGGAGUCCUCACCCUGAAGGGGGAGCAUCCUGCCUAAGCCUCUUUUCCAUCCCCUCACACCAGGGAGAAAACCAAAGAGAAAACCAAGCCAAGGGCCAGGCUCCCUGUUCCCCAGCCAGGGCUGGGUUAGAGUGGCUGAACGGGAACAACUUCCACAGAAAAGAGGGAGCCAGGACUGGCCAAAACAGAACUAGGACAAGGAAGAAGUCUGACCUUCCUGAAAAUGGUGCUAUGUUUGGACUAUUCCUGACUAGUCACUUGAAGCUAUGGACAGUUUGUUAUUUCAGUUCUCAGCUAUUCAUGUUUAAAAAGUGAAAGGAACUUUGUAAACAACUGGGCAUUUUUUUAAAAUUGCUUGCAGAGUGAGGAAGUGCUGGCCAUGGGAUUAUCCUUGCAUGGGCAGCUUUCUGAGGCAGUUGAUAACUGAUCCGGUUAAAAGACUGUGUUCUAUUGUUUUUAAAACCAUGUCUAUUUGUUCAGAUUUUAAAAGCUGAAAAACUGUUUGUACUGGAAAGGAAAAAAAAUAAAGUAUUUCUUGCUGAGGUUUCCAGGAUCAAAAUGACUUGUGUGGCUUCCAGAAGUGGC